AUGAUGCGGGUUAACUUUAUCGGCUGGCACUGGUGGAUCUUACUGAGCUCGAUUCAACAAAUGUUAUUCGUCUCGGUGUCCGGGACCGAGGGGAACACCAUCCGGUACCAGACCAACGAGGAGGACGGCCCGGGCACGGUGAUCGGGAACCUGGCCAAGGACAUGUCCUUGAGUUUGUCCCACGCGUCCAGGACCAAUUUCAGGAUGAUGAAACAGUUCAACGACUCGCACAUCAGGGUGCGGGAGAGCGACGGGGAGCUGACUGUGGGGGAGCGCGUAGACCGGGAGCGGACCUGCCGCCACUCGCCAGUCUGCCUCAUAGAGUUCGACGUGGUCAAUUUCUCCAAAGAGCGCUACAAGCUGAUCCACGUGCAGGUGGAGGUGAAGGACAUUAACGACAACUCCCCCGAGUUCCCCUACAAGGAGUCCGUGGUGGAGAUCUCGGAGAGCGCGGCCGUGGGGUCCCGCGUGCCUCUGGACCCCGCCAUGGACGCGGACGUGGGCUCAAAUUACAUCCAGAGCUACCAGGUCUCCGUCAACAGCCACUUCUCUAUUGACGUGCAGCAGAGAGCGGAUGGGGUUAAAUAUGCGGAAUUGGUGCUAAUGAAAGAGCUGGACCGUGAGGUCCAGUCCUCCUACGUGGUGGAGUUGGUGGCCACGGACGGCGGGAACCCGUCCAGGACCGGCUCCACCAAGAUCACCAUCAAAGUCACGGACUUCAACGACAACAGCCCGGUGUUCGACCAGAACAGCUUCUCGGUGAGUCUGCCCGAGGACUCCCCCGUGGGGACCGUCAUACUGGAUCUUAACGCGGUGGACGCGGACGAAGGGUCGAACGGGGAGGUGGUGUACGGCUUCGGGAAGCAGGUGCCCUUCGAGAUCAGGGAACUUUUCAAAGUGGACGAUAGAACGGGUCGUCUGACGCUCCAGCGCCCGGUGGACUUCGAGGAAAAGGCGACCUACGAGGUCGACGUGCAAGCGUCCGACCUCGGCCCUAACCCGACCCCCUCCGUGUGCCGGAUUAUCAUUCGCGUGAAGGACGUGAACGACAACGCGCCCGAGAUCAGCAUCACCCCGAUGACCUCAACGUCCACGGGUGUCGCGUUCAUCAGCGAGGCGGCCGAGCGGGACAGCCUGGUGGCGCUCAUCAGCACCCUGGACAGGGACUCGGGCGUCAACGGCCAGGUGCACUGCACACUCUACGGCCACGACCACUUCAAGCUUAAACAGGCGCACGAGGACAGUUAUAUGAUCGUCACGGCGGCCGCGCUCGACCGCGAGCGCAUCGGGGAGUACAACCUGACGGUGAUGGCGGAGGACUUCGGGUCCCCGCCGUUACGGAGGAUCCUCCAGUACACCAUCCGGCUGACGGACGAGAACGACAACGCCCCCCACUUCAGUAAGCCCGUGUACGAGGUGUCGGUUCUGGAGAACAACGCGCCCGGCGCCUUCAUCACCACGGUAGAGGCCCGGGACGCCGACCUGGGCAACAACGGUAAGAUCACGUACCGGCUUCUGGACGGCGUGCUCAUGGGCUCGCCGGUCAACACCUUCGUGUCGCUCAACUCCGUGACGGGCUCCAUCUACGCCCUGCGGAGCUUCAACUACGAGGUGAUGAAGGUGUUUGAGAUCCACGUGCAGGCCAGCGACGGCGGCCUGCCCCAACUGCAGACCCGCGCCCUGAUCCGGCUGCGGGUCCUGGACCAGAACGACAACCUGCCCACCAUCAUCCAGCCCGUGCUCUACAAGGGCUCCGCCGAGGUCUUCCUGCCCCGCGACGCGGCGGCGGGCUACGGCGUCACGCAGGUGAAGGCGGUGGACGCGGACGAGGGCGCCAACGCGCAGCUGUCCUACCGCAUCACCGAGGGGGGCCACCUGGGGUUCUCCAUCAACCGGGCCACGGGCCGCCUGCACGCCAGCCGCCAGCUGGCCUACGACCUCUCCGACGUCGCCCGGGUGACGGUAGCCGUGAGCGACAACGGUGCGCCCGCGCUCACCGCCACCGCCACGCUGCUGCUCAGCUUCGUGGAGGGGCCCGUGCCCAGCGCCCCCCCCCCGGGGCAGGCGGGCGGCGCCGAGGCCUCCCUGGAGUGGGACACCUCGGUGGCCAUCAUCGUGGUGCUGGCGGGGAGCUGCUCACUGCUGCUGCUCGCCAUCCUCCUCAUCACCACCUCGUGCAGCCGCCGCCGCAAGGAGAAGGGGAGGGGGGGCUACUCCACGCUCCCGGGCUACGGGAAGGAGACGCUGCGGCCCAUUACCAUAUGGAAGGGCAACUCCUUCACCACCAUCUCCGCCCGCGACCCGCAGAUCAGCGGCAAGGACAGCGGCAAGGGGGACAGCGACUUCAACGACAGCGACUCUGACAUCAGCGGCGACGUGCACAAGAAGGACUCCCUGCCCACACACAGUGAGUCCGGUCUGUGGGCGUGCACCAGCGAGUGUAAGGUCCUGGGCCACUCAGACCGCUGUUGGAGCCCCUCCGCCAGCCGGCCCAACACCGGCCUGGCCACGGCGCCGCACCUCUCCACCUUCGCCUCCAGGACGGCCUCGCUGCCCCGCGACGCGCGGCGGGAGAACUACUACCCCGCCCACCUGCCCAAGCCCCAUGCGCUGCAGAGCGUCUACGAGAAGGUGCAGCACCAGGAGUUCGACUACAUCCUAGUGGGCCCACCCACGCCUGCACGCAUACAGGAGACGGACGAGAUAUCCAUCCCCGAGUAUUUACACUCGUGAACGGACAGACGAUCGGCGGACGACGAACGUCCGAACGUCGGACG